GGGUGAUGAAUAUUGAUUGCUGCUUGAGGGAAAAAAAAUAUUAAAGCGAGGGAGAGAAAGAGAAAGGUUAAUGAAGUAAACUGCUAAGCGAAGCAAGAAGGCUGCACCUGUCCAUUUUGUGGCCGGAGAAGCAUCAUGUUCCUGAGUCCGGCUGUCUGCCGCUGGGACAGAGGUGAAACUUCGACAGAUCGCAUUUGCUGAUCAGUGCUCCCCAGACUUGCAGCUCUCCCCAGGAAGACCUGAGAACAAUUACAAGUGUGUCACCUGGACAAAAUGUAAAACUUCGCUGUCAGACUAUCCUAUCCCUGGUAUUUAUGAGCCGCCAUUUCUUGUAUUAUUUUGGUGAACCUACUCUGGAUGUGAAGAUUGCCUUUUGUCAGGGAUUUGGGAAACAAGUGGAUGUGUCAUAUAUUGCCAAACAUUACAACAUGAGCAAAAGCAAAGUUGACAACCAGUUCUACAGCGUGGAAGUAGGUGACUCGACCUUCACAGUCCUCAAACGCUACCAGAACUUGAAACCUAUUGGCUCUGGGGCUCAGGGAAUAGUUUGUGCUGCAUAUGAUGCCGUCCUUGACAGAAACGUGGCCAUUAAGAAGCUCAGCAGACCAUUUCAGAACCAAACUCACGCCAAGAGAGCUUAUAGGGAGCUGGUCCUCAUGAAGUGUGUGAAUCAUAAAAAUAUUAUAAGUUUAUUAAAUGUCUUCACACCACAGAAAUCUCUGGAGGAGUUCCAGGAUGUCUACCUGGUAAUGGAAUUGAUGGAUGCCAACCUGUGCCAGGUCAUUCAGAUGGAGCUGGACCAUGAGCGAAUGUCUUACCUUCUGUACCAAAUGCUCUGUGGAAUCAAGCAUCUUCACUCUGCAGGGAUUAUUCACAGGGAUUUAAAACCAAGUAACAUUGUGGUAAAAUCUGACUGCACGUUGAAGAUUCUGGAUUUUGGACUGGCCAGAACUGCAGGCACUAGCUUCAUGAUGACCCCCUACGUGGUGACACGCUACUACAGAGCUCCGGAGGUCAUCCUGGGAAUGGGCUACAAGGAGAACGUGGAUAUAUGGUCUGUGGGAUGCAUUAUGGGAGAAAUGGUUCGCCACAAAAUCCUCUUUCCAGGAAGGGACUAUAUUGAUCAGUGGAAUAAAGUUAUUGAGCAGCUGGGAACACCCUGUCCAGAAUUCAUGAAGAAGCUGCAGCCAACAGUACGGAACUACGUUGAGAACAGACCCAAGUAUGCUGGCCUCACUUUCCCCAAACUUUUUCCAGACUCUCUCUUCCCAGCAGACUCGGAACACAACAAACUCAAAGCCAGCCAAGCCAGGGACCUCUUAUCAAAGAUGCUGGUCAUUGAUCCGGCCAAGAGGAUAUCAGUAGAUGAAGCCUUACAGCAUCCAUACAUUAAUGUCUGGUACGACCCAGCAGAGGUGGAGGCGCCUCCUCCUCAGAUAUAUGAUAAACAGCUGGAUGAAAGGGAACAUACAAUCGAGGAAUGGAAAGAACUCAUCUACAAAGAAGUAAUGAAUUCUGAAGAAAAGACUAAAAAUGGCGUAGUAAAAGGACAGCCUUCUCCUUCAGGUGCAGCAGUGAACAGCAGUGAGAGCCUCCCUCCAUCCUCAUCUGUCAACGACAUCUCAUCCAUGUCCACGGAUCAAACCCUGGCGUCUGACACGGACAGCAGCCUGGAAGCUUCUGCGGGACCCCUCGGUUGUUGCAGGUGACUAGCCGCCUGCCUGCGAAACCCAGCGUUCUUCAGAGGAUGAUGGAACCUAGGAGGAAAAAAUGAUGGGAGCUAAGAGAUGAAAAGAAGGAGAAAUAAAAUACAGAGAUUUAAGUGAAACAAACAAAGAAACAAACAAACAAACAAAAUCUUUUCAGCCUGCUUCUCCUACAGAGUUAUGUAAUACAGCUAAGCUCAAGUGUGUAUUUAACUUAUAGUUGCUCUGCUUUGGUCUUCUUCCAGUGAUGCUUACUGGGGGGGAAAAGGAAAAAAGGAACUGAAAAAAUCCUUUUUUUCCCCCCCUCCCCAAAAGAUAUAAAAUGAAUGGCUGCAAAACCAGCAACCUGCAACUGUCUUUUUCACACUGGCAUGACAAGGUGUGCAGUAGCCACGCUCCACCAUACAAGUGUGUGUCUGCCUUCACUGUCUGUUCUGCCUUCUGCCCAGUGAGGCAGACAGGGAUCUCCAUGCAUUUUUCCUCACACACAUACACACAUGUGCCAACAGAAUCCUGGUAGUGCAUGCAGCUGUGUGCCUGCACAUCUGCACAGGCACUUAGUGUGCACUCCAUGACUAUAAAUGGCCCAUUCCAGGCAAACUGCUCAACUACAUAUGGGAUCUUACAAUACAUAUUCUAUCUGUUUGCUCCUUGAUGAGAUUACAUAUACUGUAUGAGGACUUGUGGAAGUGUAAAUAAUCACACAGAACUGUGACUCCCUCAGACACUUGAAGAUGUAGCACCAAAUUUCUGCUGAGAGUUGUAUAUAUAUUUUGAAAUAAUAACCAGUUUUAUUGAAAGAAGAAGCCACAGAGCUUCAUAGAAAAAUGCUAGUUUGUGAAUGUUAAGAUUUGUUGUUCUGAUUUUUAGAGCAGAUAUGCCAAGAUAAGACUGGGUUAGAAGGAAGCACAUGUCUUUGCAAGCUAUAGGGAACAAGAAUGAAGGGGUUUUAUGCAUGUCUAAGCCCAGAAAGGUAUCAGUAAGCAACUUUUUCUGUCAAUGUUAAGUGAAUUAUCAUCUUAGGGCAUAGAUAGGCUCACUAUUUUGAAGUACGUGUAUGUUUGUAAAUUAGAGGGUAUGACAGUGUUGGGGAAUAAGCUAUGAUCAAAAGAACAUGCACCAACUUGUUUUUAUUUUAUGUCUACAUCUUGAUUAGGUUAGCCAGAGAAAGGAUAUUUGCAGCCCACUCCCUCUCAGUGUGUGUUUGCAGCUCAGAGGUUGUUUUCCCUUUUCAUCAUUCCCUUGCAGGCACUUCUGCUACUCAGAGAACAGGCAUUCUGUGGGGUGCUUUUGGCUCUUCAUUUCCUCAUGAUAAAUCAGUGGGCUCCCCAGGAAGUUUGAGCAUCUGUGUUACACAGAAAAGAACCACAGAGUGCAUGGGUCUAGUUUUCCUACAUUCUGUCAGCCAAGGUUAUCAAUCAGCUCGUGCGCUGGUCUGGAAGGGUCGCAGCCAGGGUCUUGGGCAGUUUGGACAAGUUCUGAAGAACCCAACAGUGACUGAAUAUCAAGUUGAAUUUGCCAGGUAAUAAAGCAGAGGAUUUCCCAUGGUAUGUAACAGCAAGAGUUUUUAGUAGAGAAUGACAAAUUCCACACAGAAUUUCAGAACCAUUGAAUAUUUUUUCCAGCCAAAACAGCAAUUGGCAUUUUCCACUGUGAUGUCAUCAUUAUCUGAGUUGGAAAUUAACUAAAAUCCAAGUCAUCUGUCCUUUUACCAAAGUAUGCCAUGUAAACUGAAAUGAGCUAAAUCCUACUCUAAUGCUUUUCCAAGUGCCAGAGAGAGAAACUGUUUAGAUUAUGUUAGUGGAUAUUUUUAAUUCACUAGUUCUUUUGUAUUCAAAACUCUACCAAAAUAGGGCGGUUCCGUUGGGUGGCUUAUGAGCCUGCCAUUCAGUGGUAGGAAAAAAAAAUUAGUAUCAAGUCAGAUUUUGUUCAAAGGGAAGAAAGGGAAGGAAAAAAUUUCUCUACAGAGUGGGCAGGAGGGGAGAUAAAAAUGAAGAGGAUAUAAAAUAAAAUCAGACUUGGUAGGUCUGAGCUGUAUCAGAAUUGCUGUAGGAAGUGGGGGUCUUUCCCUGGUUAUAUUUUUGGUAGAUUUUUAUCAAAUUUUUUUGAGACUAAAAUUAGGUUGUUAAUGUUCUAAAAACUCAGAGCAGUAAUUUUAAAAGCAAUAAUUUACUACUGCUAAAUAUAUUUAGCAAUAUUCUCUCUUAAGCCAUGAAACAUCAGGUCAUUAUUGAGUGAUGUAACUCUCACUCCAAAGCCAAUGAUCAUGAAAGUAUUGAAAGGUUAACAGCAAAGCUCUGUAGGUAUGUAGGCAAUAACACCAAGGGUGACUUCUUAGCAAUAAUUAAAUAUAUCACCUCCUGAUUUAAUUCACCAUAGACAUAUUAAUAAUAUUCAGGUAACUGUUAUCUACUUUACAUGUGCACCAUUUGGGUGUGUUAUUUAAGCAAAACUAAACCAAGUCUCAUUGAGGCAAAACUGCAAAAAUAUCACCAGUGUAGACUGCAGAAACUUGGCAUAAUCCCAGUUCAUUGCCAGUGCUGUCAUGGAGCUGUGGCAUAGGCAAUAGUAGAGAAGCCAUUCAGAGUAGAUGGAGACUUGUAGACCUCCUACAUUUCAUCUCUUGGUGGCAAAUCUGUGCUCUUAGUCCCAUGGUAUAAUUCAGUCCUGGUUGGGUUCAUGAGUGCAGGGUGGAGAAGCAGUCACUGGAGAAGGUGUCAGGUGGGCGCUGAAUGGACUCACAACACAGGAGUUACAUAAUCAGAUUUAUUCCCUCAUUCUGCUAGGCACCAGUGCUUGUUCAAACAUCUCAUGGAGACUGUAGGAUGCUUACAAAAAUUUAACUAGCGUGUGCUUUUGUCCUUUGCUCAGCAGUGAUUGACAUCAGCAUGUGCUUAAGUGCCUUGCUGAAAUGGGGCCUGAAAGAAUUAUUGCAUUUCUUUUUGUCCUCAAAUCAGUCUCCUUCAUGAGAAGCUCUGUCUGGGGGAGGAGACUUGGAGCUGUCCACAUUGGACACUAGAAACAAAAAAAAGCCAUCAAUGAAGAAAAGCAUUAGUUCUUUACAGUUCUGGUCCUUGUAUGUCCAAACUGAAGUAGCAGGAAUAGCAUCCUUAAUUUUGCUUUGUGCCAGGAAUUCUCUGCUGUCAGCUGAUACCUUACAAUAACACAUAUACUCUUGAAUAAAGGAUCAUAGUGAUGAUGUUCUGAGGGUGUUUUAAGGGGAACCACUUUUUUUUUCUGAUUCUAGAAGUUGUUAUACAGUCCUCUUAAAGUCUGCUCCCCAUUAUUCCAAAAUUUUAUUCAGCUUGAUGAUGAUAGAUGAUUUCCGUAAUUUUGCCAUUGAUCUUUUAAACCUACUUCUACUUAACACAUUGCUAAAUACAGUACUUUGGCAACAUUUUUCACUUAAUUCUCUGAGGUUUGCUGUUGUAAGCAUCACUGCCACUAGUGCAGAAGUGAAGGAAAUUGGGAAGCCAAAGAUCUCUGACAGAUGUUCCAAGGUAUUUAGGCACCAUAGGGGGCAAUCAGUGAGCCUGUGCCAGAAGUGGCAUAACUUCCAUCGUCCCAAAUGGCAGCUGGACACCUUGGCAUUUCUCAAAAUAUGCCUCAGAACCUCUUGGAGUCGUAAGUGCCUCAAUACCCUAGGAAAUUCUGUCCCAAGUGGCUCACCUAAGUCAUGUAUAUAGGCAUCAGCAGGGUGACAAGAAUGGCACAAGCAUUAUCUGUCAGUGACUGCUCAGAGCACUAGCUGCAUUGAGAUGGUAGAGAGGAAGAUUGCUGCAAAACAUCCCUGCUUUUUUUUUUUCAGAUUAAGAACUUUGUGAUAGUAUGAGGAAAAAUAAAAAGAAAUAAGUCAGAACAGUUCUUAAAAAGACCGUCCUUCCAUUUGCUUUCUCACUGCUGAGUUUAAACGAGGAUGAGGCAUUGAUUUAUUACAAGUUGAUGCAAGGUCAUGUAUUGUGGGAAUUUAGGGUUUAUGUAUGUUUUCAAUCCAAAUUUUUUGGUAGUUUUGGAAAACAGUCUUCAGAUACUGAUUUGGUAGCUGUAAUAGUAUUUUGUGAGUUUUGAUUAUAUUCCAUUACAAUAUGUCUUCAGAGAGUUCAGAUAUUUGAGUUGAUCACUGUGAUUUAUUUGACUUAUAUAGUGGUUGAUAUUCCCCCCUCCUAUCUAGAAUUCCAUUGCACAAAUAGAUUCAUGAAUCAUAGCAAGUUUGCAUUAUAUAAAACAGACUUAAACUGGAGUGCAAGUAUGGCAGUGUGUCAAAAAACCCACCAAAAAAAAAAAAGAAAAAAAAAACCAAAACCCAUUAAAAAGCCAAAACAACAAAGCUACAGUAAGCCUGGUUAGGUUUUCUAAGCCCUAAUGCACUGAUGGUUUUCCUCUGGAAAUCACCAGUUCCUGCACAGAAUUGGCUUUGGAAGGUUACACAAGACAGAUGAUCAUGUGACUAUGUCACUGCUCCAAAUUUAUAAGCAAUUUGGUUUAUAUACCUUCCUUUAUCCUCAUAGAUAUUGCUUUACUUUCUAAUUCUGGGAUAACAGUACUGAAGAAAUUAGACCCGUUGCAGUCUAGGUCUUUAAAGAAUGCCUUUAGGGAAUUUCCCAAAGUAGUACCACUUAAGUGAUUUGGAUUGUAUUCUGAAUUUGUCAGUGAGCACCAGUGAUUUCUUUUCCACCAAUUUUUUUUCUCAUUAAAAACAUGCUAAUAGCAACUUUUAGAACUGCCUGAGAGAGUCACUUUUAGAAAAUCUCCCACAUUAAAAAUAUGUUUUGAAUGUGUUGGAAUUAUUGUAAAAUGGAAUUGGAAUGUUUUAAUUCAAAGUAACUUCUAGUAACCAAUGCUAGCUUAUAUAUAUUGCAAGCUUCACAGUAGUUCAAAGGACCAAAAACUAUUUUCAUUUCAGGUCUACUUAUUUCUAUUCAGAUCUAUUUAUAUUUCUUCCUUCAUGUUUAUUUAGAGUUUAAAAUUUAGUGUGAAUUCAAACAUGCAAAAACAAACAAACAAACAAACAAACAAACAAACAAACAAAGGCAUUUUGUAACAAACUCUAUGCUUCCAGGGAGAGCAAUAGAAAGAAAACCUGCAGGGACCAAAUACUUUUCUUUUUAAAGUCUGAGCUAGUCAUUCAAUUUAUGUUUUUCUUUACUUCUGUAUGUGUGUGUAGGGAAGAGAGGGUGUUAAUACGGAUUUUUAGAACCUCUGUUCCACUUGUGCUUGAUCCCAGUUGUCAGUGUGGAUAAAGAGAGGAUUGUAACAUAAUCAACACAUCUUCAAGAAUCUGAUGGCUGUGCUUAUUUGAACUUCCACCACUUUACAAAGGACACAGUUAACUAAUUGCAAGAUGUUUUUCACACACACACACACACACACACACACACACACACACACACACACACAAAAAAAAGAAAAUCAUUAUGCAGUAGGUUUGAAUACCACAUGAAUAUGUAAUUGUCUUAAUUAGUAAGAUGCUUGAGGUAUGCAGGGGAAUGGUGAAUGUGUCAUCUUCACCAAUGAGCUGGAAAACCAACCUGUCCAGUGGAAUUUAGUGGAAUCUUCUUAGUGUAUUAGGAACUUGCCAGUGGGGCCUGAUUUUUCUUUAGUUUUUGUUGUUGGUUUGGGUUUUUUUUUUAAUUAACAAUUGAUUGCAAGAAGUGAAAUGUUUAACUUAAUGCAUGUUCAGGCUCGUUGGCCUAUGGCAAGUUUGAGUUUUAAAGAGGCUUUGAUUUGACAAAAGAAUGUUGAAAAACUUCAACUGAGGCUAAUGGUGCCUUUUUACCUGAGAGGGAAAAGCUGAAAAGCACAUAUUAAAAGAAGACACAGUCAAUUUGGGAAAUAAAUGCAUCCUUACCAUGCUUAUCAUUUCAGACAGGUCUCUUUUGCUAAUUUUCACUGAACAGAGUCAUUCUUGUCUUCUGGAAAGCAAGAUAUUUAUAAUGUAAAUAGUUGUAUGGAAUUGAUUUUUUUCCUUCCUCUGUAACUAAUAUGUAAUAAUCCAACACACUAUUUCUGUUAAAAACUUUUACAAUAAGGCUGCUGUUUGCCUAAAUAUGGUUGACCUCCGACCUUCUCCUGAGUCAGUCACGUGUUGAUAAAGGAGGGUGCUGGAAGUUUCAGUGUACAUAUAGAAUCAUGUAUAUUUAGUAAAUUGGGUAAGUGGGACUUAUGGCCAGUAUGCAUUAAGCCACAACAGUAACAGCUCCAGAUCUUAACUAGCAAAAACAACUGUUCACCUUGCCAUGUCCAUCCUGUAAUAAGAUCUAAGUUGCACCUGCCUGUAGUUCUGCAUGAUCAGACUUCAAAGUAUAACUAAGAUCUGUAAUGUAUCAGUGUUGAUCAACGUAGAUGUAAACAAGAAAAA